AUGAAGCAAACUAAUCGAAUUCGUAUACAUCAUACUAAAAACAAUGAUAAUGUUCUAAUGGACCUAUGGACCAGAUCCAGCGACUUGGACGAAGCAUCUACUUACAAUCCUGAAGAGAUGAAUACCUACCAUCUUUUUACCAGAGAAAACCCAACCCUUAGUCAACCGAUACUGGCGAACAACGAGAUUUGGCUGGAAACCACACACUACAACGCUAGCAAGCGAACAGUAGUUCUCAUACAUGGUUGGCUAGACACUAUCACUUCUGAUUUUGUCACCUUAUUAGUUCAAGCAAUACUUCAAGCAGAGGAUGCUAACAUUAUAGCAGUUGAUUGGAGUCCCGGGUCGGGAACGAUCAACUAUCCGGUAGCUGUACUAAAUACACCUAUAUCUGCGAAUGCCGUAGCCAAGUUUCUGGGCUGGUUGAACAACGUCGGUGGAUCUCGGUUAGAAGAUUAUCAUAUAAUUGGGCAUGGUUUGGGAGCCCAUCAGGCGGGCAUAGUCGGCAGGAUACUGGGUGGAUGGGUCGGGUAUAUUACUGCUUUGGAUCCUGCAUUCCCAGGCUGGGUGACAAACGAGGACAGGUUCAAACCUACAGAUGGGAUGUAUACUGAAGCUAUCCACACAAACGCGGGGCUUCUUGGCUAUCUGAGCCCUGUGGCUGAUUCUGACUUCUAUCCCAAUGGAGGGAUCGAUAUGCCAGGGUGCUACAGUCAAGAAUGUGAUCAUAAUAGAUCAUAUCACUACCUGGCUGAGUCAAUCAAGAGCGGUGGCUUCGUGGGUAACCGGUGUUACACCUACGGGUCAGCCAUGUCCGGACACUGCUUCUUAGGGGGGAAGCUCAGAAUGGGAGGGAUUAACUCCAAACCUGGACAAACCGGUAUCUUCUUCUUACGGACAAACGCAAGCCCGCCGUUCUCCCGCGAAUAA